CUUGACGCUCUCAAAUCCGAAAUCGCAGUGAAGCGCAAGCUCGCCACGGAUGAAACAGCUCGACCAUCGAAGUACAUGCGUCGAGGUGAACUCGAAAAGCUGAAGGCCGAGCAGGAGCGGAGGGAGAAGGAGGAAAAGGAGAAGCAAAGGCACAAGCAAGAACAGGAGGAACGCGAGGCGAAAGAAGCGAAAGAGAAACUGAAAGCUGCGAGAGCAUUCUCAAAUUCGCCAAUGCCGCCGGAGUCUUCAGGCUCUGCACGAGAGUCAGCUUUGGGAUCACCUGCUCCUGAGACCGGAGGCUUUAAUAUCUCAAAUGAAGAUGCAAUCCGUCGAUUGCGUGCCAAGGGCCAACCUAUCCGUCUUUUCGGCGAGACUGAUCGCGAACGACGACUACGACUGCGUGCUCUCGAACUUAUCGAGGAAAAGGGUCAUGACCGUCAUGGCGGUCAGAACGACUUCAAGAAAGCGUUGGAGGAUGUGGAAACCAACGAACUCGAGGCAAAGGCGAAGGGAAAGGAGAGGGAGAAAGAUCCAAAGAAUAAGGAUGACGCGGACACGUCUGGGACAGUGAUAAUCGACCCCGAUUUGAUCAAGACAGACCCGGACAAGCUGUAUCCGCUAAUCUACUACGCUCUUAAGAAGACGCUUAGGGAGUGGGGCGAAGCUAUGGAUGAACGUCCGGAGCACAUCAAACGGUCGACUCAGGGAAAGCUAGCAGCCGCAACUCAAGUUCAGUCUGCACAAUACCUUAAACCUCUUUUUAAGAGUCUUCGGUCACGAAACCUCCCUGCAGAUGUACUGGCUCGAAUAGCCGAGAUAGUUUAUUAUAUGCAGAAGAGACAAUACCAGAGGGCCAACGACUCAUACCUUCGUUUAUCAAUUGGAAAUGCCCCUUGGCCUAUUGGUGUUACCAUGGUCGGUAUUCACGAACGAUCUGCGCGAGAAAAAAUCGCUACGGAUCAAGUAGCACACGUCUUGAACGAUGAAGUGAGUCGGAAAUAUAUCCAGAGCCUGAAGCGACUCCUCACGUUCUCUCAGACCAAGUAUCCUCCAGACGAUCUGACGCAACUUAUGGGAUGA